UUCACAGUUCACACACUACAACUAACUGCUUCUGCUUCUACUUCAGUUUGAUCAUGGCUUCAACCAUCACUUCCUCAUUCCUCUACACCAAAACUCCAAACCCUUCUUCUCUCUUCGACAAACCUUCAUCCUUCAAUGUCACCCCUACCCUUCGCCUUCAACCAACCAAACCCCACGUGGCACGCAGGCUCUGUGCUUCCAUGUCAGCAGCAGCGGCACCCUCACCACCACCCUAUGACCUGUGCUCCUUCAGGUUCGAUCCCAUAAAGGAGUCGAUCGUGUCACGGGAAAUGACCCGCAGGUACAUGACCGACAUGGUUACACACGCUGACACCGAUGUUGUCAUCGUGGGUGCCGGUUCCGCUGGGCUAUCAUGCGCCUAUGAACUCAGCAAGAACCCUUCCGUUCAGAUCGCCAUCGUUGAACAAUCCGUUAGUCCCGGUGGUGGCGCUUGGCUCGGUGGCCAACUCUUCUCUGCCAUGGUAGUGCGUAAGCCAGCACAUAUUUUCCUAGAUGAGAUUGGUGUUGAGUAUGAUGAGCAAGACAACUACGUGGUGAUCAAGCACGCUGCUUUGUUUACAUCUACCAUAAUGAGCAAGCUCCUGGCUAGGCCAAACGUGAAGCUUUUCAAUGCUGUGGCAGCUGAGGAUUUGAUUGUGAAGAAUGGGAGAGUUGGUGGGGUUGUGACUAAUUGGGCCUUGGUUUCCAUGAACCAUGACACUCAAUCAUGCAUGGAUCCUAAUGUUAUGGAGGCCAAGGUCGUGGUGAGUUCUUGUGGGCAUGAUGGCCCUUUUGGAGCUACUGGGGUGAAGAGGCUCAAGAGUAUUGGGUUGAUUGAUAGUGUCCCAGGGAUGAAGGCCCUUGACAUGAAUACAGCAGAGGAUGCUAUUGUGAGGCUCACCAGGGAGGUUGUGCCUGGAAUGAUUGUUACUGGGAUGGAAGUGGCUGAGAUUGAUGGUGCUCCAAGAAUGGGUCCAACAUUUGGAGCAAUGAUGAUAUCAGGACAGAAGGCAGCCCAUUUGGCGCUGAGAUCACUGGGACUUCCAAAUGCUGUUGAUUAUGCAACAAACAUUCACCCUGAGCUUGUGCUAGCUGCUGCAGAGUCUGCUGAAAUCGCCGACGCUUAAUCAAUGUAGAAUUAACUUUCAGUUGAUAGUGUCAAUGCCCAAAGCCAGAAAUAAUAAUUGCUGUUUGGGGUUAAAGCCUUGAUGGUGUUGGUAGUCAUGGAUAUGCUGGUUAAUGUGACUGUGUAUCAAGUUUUGUUAAUAACAUGAAUGUGUGUGCCAACUCAAACUCCUGUGUGCCUCUCUCUCUCUCUCUCUCUCUCUCUCUCUCUCUUAGCCUAACUGAAUUGGCCUUUAUUUGG